AGAAACAUGAGCGUUGCUUUCUUUGGGGACGGGGACUCAUACUCGUCACCUGCAGUAGCUACGCGGAACAACCGUUCGGACAGACGCAGUCACACCGGCGUCAAUGACUCCUCUACUCUCCAGCAUCGAUCGCAUCAACGCUGCUCUGGAAGCUGCAGUGGCACAGUCUUCACCGCCGACCGGUACAUUGCGUGUGUGCCACGCAACGGAAGAUGAAUGGAACGCGUUUGCUGACAGCGAGGGGCAACUCGUUCGACCCAAUUUUCUUGAAUGGUUUGCUGACACGAGAGAAAUCCAUCUCAUCGAGUUUGCGAGCACUCCACACGAGAGAUAUACCCGGCAAUUCGAACGACGUACUUCAUUUGCCAAGCCAAAUAUCAGUCGAUGGCUCAAUGCCGAUGGUGCCGCCGUGAAUUCCCAGGGGCGACGAUGUUGUCCAGACCUCAGUUAUGGGCCACGCCGAACAACACUGGGCUCUGUGCUCCCACCAGGUGUUCCAAUCUUUGACGACUUUCGGACGAUCAAAGUUGAAGUUGGAGUCUCUCAGCAGUGGGGCAUGGCACAAGGACAGCUCGACCACAAGGCGAUAUCGACAUGGGCUGUGAUGUCUGGAGUUGAGUACGUGCUGUGUGUGAAGUUCGAUCCCGACUUUGCGAAUGCCGAAUACAAAUUGUACGAUGCUCGCGUCAAUCCACUCGUGCAGCUGGCUCCACUCCCAAUCAUCGCUCCAAGAACGGUGAUCCAGUUGGACGGACGUCGAAUCCUUGGUAUUCCGCCAGGGAUGGCGCUCCCGGUUUUGAGCAAGUGA